GUUCAACCUUAACCUUUCACCAGGUUAUCGCGUUAACUCCCCCGGUGUGACUCGGACCGGGAUGUUGGAGAUCUGCGCAGUUAGCGGAGCGCUGGGGGGAAGCGGGCGGGUCCGGUCCACAGGUCAGGAACUCAGAAGUUACGGGCGGUUUAUAAGUUUAAGAUAAGAGGACUCGUGUGUAAUUUGUUGAACAACAGAUAAAUAAGUUGCUUAAUGUUCAGAGCUGCAGUAAAGUCUCGGGAGAAUCGGACGAACACCUUUUAAUUACCGGGUUUACACCUGGACUAGAUCCGCCUAGGUGAUUAAUAUAAUAAUAAUAAUAAUAAUAAUAAUAAUAAUAAUCAUAAUCCUACACAUGGACAUGGGAACGGUGUUGUGUUGGUGUCCGGUUGCUGUGCUGUUGGCGAUUCUCUUUGCUGUUUAUAAACUGGGCUUGCUUUACCAGCUCUUUCAUAAGACCGACAGGAAGAGUCCUCGUCAAGGAGGCGAGAGUGUGGCCGAGGUUCUUCAGGCUCAUGGCAUCAAGUUUGUUUUCACGCUGGUUGGAGGACACAUCUCUCCUAUCCUGGUGGCAUGUGAGAAACUGGGGAUCCGGAUCGUGGACACCCGUCAUGAAGCCACUGCUGUGUUUGCUGCUGAUGCAGUGGCCAGACUCUCAGGUACAGUAGGUGUGGCUGUAGUAACAGCAGGGCCUGGGCUUACCAACACGGUAACUGCGGUGAAGAAUGCUCAGAUGGCUGAAUCACCUCUGCUUUUGAUGUGUGGAGCUGCUGCCACUCUGCUGCAGGGUCGAGGAGCUUUGCAGGACAUUGACCAGAUGUCCCUUUUCAAGCCACUCUGCAAGUUCUGUGCGUCGGUUAGGAAUGUGAGGGAGAUCAUGCCCACUGUGAGAAAAGCCCUGGCCAUCGCCCAGUCCGACACACCAGGUCCUGUAUUUAUCGAGUUCCCUAUAGACACUCUUUAUCCAUAUCGUCUUGUAGAGAAAGAGUUUUCUCCUAAAAGCACUCCUAAAGGAAUCAUGGGAAAUAUUGUUGCAUGGUACCUUAACAAUCAUCUAACCAACCUUUUUGCUGGAGCGUGGGAAGUAAGAGACAUCUCUCCUCUGCCUGUGAAUGUACCUACAGCAACAGACGAGGAGGUGCAAAGGUGUAUAGAGCUGAUAAGCAGAGCUCAGAAGCCUGUGAUCGUGUUGGGCAGCCAGGCAACACUCCCUCCAACACCUGUCACAGCUGUCCGAAAAGCUCUGGAGUCUUUAGGGAUUCCCUGCUUCCUGGGUGGUAUGUCCAGAGGGAUGCUGGGUAAAGACAGCCCUCUGCAUAUCAGACAGAACAGAAGAGAUGCACUGAAAGAGGCGGAUUUGGUGCUGCUGGCAGGCACGGUGUGUGACUUUAGACUGAGUUACGGCAGGGUGUUGAACAGACGCAGUAAAAUUAUCGCAGUCAACCGGGACAAGUCUCAGCUACUGAAGAACUCGGACUUGUUCUGGAAGCCCACAGUAGCUGUUCGAGGUGACGUCGGUUCCUUCUUACUGCAGUUGUCUAAAGGCUUGGUGGGACACAGAUGUCCUGAAGAAUGGGUUCAGAGCCUGAAGGAGCGGGACAACGCUAAAGAGAAGGCAAACAGAGACAAGGCAAAUGAGAAGAUAGAGAGGCAUCUGAACCCUCUGAGUGUCCUGCACUGUGUGGACGAGCUGCUGGACGAAGACAGUAUCAUCGUUGCAGAUGGAGGAGAUUUUGUAGGCAGCGCUGCUUACAUAAUGAGACCACGAGGACCGCUCUGCUGGCUGGACCCAGGGGCUUUCGGGACUCUUGGUGUUGGUGGAGGGUUUGCCCUGGGAGCAAAGCUCUGUCGACCUGACUGCGAGGUUUGGAUUGUUUAUGGUGAUGGUUCCCUAGGUUACAGCGUAGUGGAAUUUGAUACGUUUACACGACACAAGACUCCUGUAAUUGCCCUAGUAGGAAAUGAUGCUUGUUGGAGUCAGAUCUCCAGGGAACAGGUGCCUCUGCUGGGCAGCAAUGUAGCUUGUGGCCUUGCAUUUACAGAUUAUCAUGUUGUUGCCGAUGGCUUUGGUGGUAAAGGUUACCUGAUCAGCCAGGAAGAGGAGUCACGUCUUAAAGACAUCGUUAAAGAAGCACAGAGGGAGUGUAAAGAGGGCAAGGCAGUGUUACUGAACGUGCUCAUAGGGAAAACUAACUUCAGGGAGGGUUCUAUUUCCGUUUAGAGACCUGUUGUGCUGCUGUGGCGGAAAUCCUGAAAGCCUUUCACUCGCUGGUGCUUUCUGUGUUGAAAUAUUACGCAUUUUAAGCCUAGAGUAGAUGGAGGCAGGAAAACUGCAUAGCUCUUAGUGUUGAUCAUUUCAACAUAAUUAAGGAAGUUUUCCUCUUUUAUGUGUUAAGUUUUUUUAGAAUGAUUUCUUGGAGAUUUACUACUUAAAGGAGCUAAAAAGGAAAAAACUGUUUUUUAAGCAAUAACCAUUAGAUUGAAAGUUUUAAUCAUUUCAAAAUUAAGGGGUAUGAUUGAUUCUUUAAUUUUUUUAUUUCACAUGUGUAAUCUCCUAAUUAAGCUUGAUUGAUUAGCCAGAGGUCGAUUCAUAAAGUUAUAAAUUGAUGCAGUUGAUGAUGGACCAAAAUAUUAAAUGCAAGCAGAACAUCUUACAAUCUCCCAUUUGAUCAGCUGACAGUGUUGCAGUUGUCCACUUACAUGUACUGGCCACUAAGUAAAAGUCUUUCCCCAAGCAUUUACUGUUCUAGCAACCUGUAAUGAAAAGCUUGGUCUGUUCUGUAAAAAUAAAACCAAACGGAACAUUGUG